UCAGAAACCGCGUACGGUCCACCUCUUCUUUUCCCGGCUAACGAAAGAAAACUUCAACAGUUUUCGUUUUCGCCUUCGUCGAAUUUUGCUGUCCGGGAAGAGAGAUGUCGUGCUCGUCUUCGUCGGGGUCUGAGGAGGACGAGGGCGUGGACGCAUACAGGAAAGGGGGAUACCAUGCCGUGAGGCCGGGAGAUCCCUUCGCUGGGGGAAGGUACAUCGCCCAGAAGAAGCUCGGGUGGGGGAAUUUCUCUACCGUAUGGCUUGCCUAUGAUACGAGAUGCAAGAAAUUUGUGGCUCUCAAAAUUCAAAAAAGUGCUGCAGACUUUGUACAAGCUGCUCUCCAUGAGAUCGAGAUUCUAUCAGCUAUUGCCAAGGGCGAUCCCUCAAAUUGCAAGUGCGUUGUUCAAUUACUUGACAAUUUUAAGCAUACUGGUCCCAACGGGCAACACCCGUGCAUGGUAUUUGAAAUUCUUGGAGAUAGUCUGCUACGGCUAAUCCGUUAUAGUCGAUAUAAAGGCAUUGGAAUAAAGAAUGUGAAAGAUGUGUGCAGACCCAUCUUAUCCGGCCUUGAUUAUUUGCAUAGGGAGCUUGGAAUUAUCCAUUCGGAUUUGAAGCCCGAAAAUAUUCUUCUUGUUUCCACAAUUGAUCCUGCAAAAGAUCCUGUACGUUCAGGAUUUACUCCGAUGUUGGAGAGGCCAGAAGGAAACAUAAAUGGAAGUUCAGUUGUUAAUAGUAUUGAGAAGAGGCUCAAAGAGAGGGCUAAGAGGGCAAGAGUUCGGAUCUCAGAAAGAAGAGUUGCAAUGGGAGGUUUUGGGCAAGGGGUUGUGCAAAACGAGAGGAGUCUGGAGGGGAUUGAUCUAAGAUGCAAGAUUGUAGAUUUUGGUAGUGCUUGUUGGGUGGAUAAGAAAUUUACAGGUGAAAUUCAAACAAGGCACUAUAGGGCUCCUGAGGUUAUUCUUGGGGCUGCAUACUCCUUUCCUGCUGAUUUAUGGUCUUUUGCUUGUAUCGUUUUCGAACUUGCCACCGGCGAUAUGUUGUUUUCACCUAAAAUUGGACAAGGGUUUUCAGAAGACGAGGACCACUUGGCUUUAAUGAUGGAACUUCUUGGAAAGAUGCCUCGUAAGGUUGCUAUUACUGGAUCUCGAUCGAAGGACUACUUCGAUAGAUAUGGAGACUUGAAGAGGAUCCGUAGAUUAAAGUUCUGGCCUAUUGAUAGGCUUUUAGUUGACAAAUACAAGUUCUCUGAGACCGACGCACGAGAGUUUUCUGAUUUCCUUCAGCCACUUCUUGAUUUUGCUCCAGAAAAGCGGCCAACUGCAGGGCAAUGCCUGCAACACCCCUGGCUUGACAAUGGAGAUCCAAACACAAAGGCCGGAUCCGAACAAGUUCGUGUAGAAAAUUUGAAGAUUGGCAUGGGAAAGCUUCAAUUGACAGUGGGCAAAUAAGAGCUUUUUCUGGUGAUACUCCUCUUCCAUGUCUUUUUAACAAACACGCUUCAAUGAUCUCUUUCUUUUCUGUAAGAUCUAGAUGGUGAAGUGUACUCAACUGGAAGAAGAAUUCUUCCAUAACGAGAAGUUACUGAGUUGGCUUUUUUCCCUCAUAAUGACAUGGGAGCUUGGAAUUACAGUUGCAGCGAGAAGGUGUGAAAGUGCUUCUGAAAGUGCUUGGGCUUGAGGAUAAGCCAUAUGUUAGAAAUAUUUAUUCAUGUUGAGUGAUGAGUUGUCAUUUAUGCAUCCAGUGAUCCUUAACCCCAGAGUUUGAUUCAUUGUUCGAUGGCCUCACCGUCUGAUCUCUCCUUGCAUGAGAACCUUAUUCAAGGGUUAUGCAAGCAUUCCUUGUAUAAAUUAGGCCCUCGAGGACAUUAGAUUAUCAUUGUAUUGAUUAUCCUUUUCCCAUGAAGUUGAAUUAUUUGAUGUCCAUUUCAUAUUUUAUUUGUAUAUUCAUGUCACAAACUUGUUUUUCUGAAGAUUUAACUUAAGAAACAUGGAUUAUCUUAUGGGCAUUACAUUUA